AUGAUGUUAGAUCAGAACUUCAGAGGUAUUCUGUCACUCUUGGGGAAUGGCAUCCUGCUCCUUGUUGCGUAUCGUAAGAGAUCAUCUCUGAAGCCGGCAGAAUUCUUCAUCAUAAAUUUAUCUAUUAGUGACCUUGGAAUGACAGUUACACUCUUUCCCUUGGCAAUUCCAUCAGCCUUUGCUCACAAGUGGUUGUUUGGAGAGCUCACAUGUUUAUGCUAUGCUGUAUGUGGCGUCCUCUUCGGCUUAUCCAGCCUGACAAAUCUCACCGCUCUGUCAUCCGUCUGCUGCCUCAAAGUCUGCUUCCCAAACUAUGGAAACAAAUUCUCCUACUCUCAUGCCUGUCUGAUGAUUGUGGGGGUGUGGUGCUAUGCCAUGGUGUUUGCUAUGGGUCCCUUGGCAAAUUGGGGUCAGUAUGGCCCUGAACCCUAUGGGACAGCGUGCUGCAUAGAUUGGUAUGCACCAGGCCAGGAUCCUCUGUCCAUGUCCUAUAUUAUCUGCCUCUUCCUCUUCUGCUAUGCGCUGCCUCUUACCAUCAUCCUAAUGUCCUACAUCCUGAUCCUCAUCACCGUACGAGGGUCAAGGCAGGCAGUACAGCAACACGUGUCGCCACAGACCAAGACAACGAAUGCACACAUCCUCAUUGUGAAGCUCUCUGUGGCGGUCUGCAUUGGUUUUCUGAUCGCCUGGAGCCCCUAUGCUGUUGUGGCAAUGUGGGCUGCAUUUGGAGAAGCUAAUGACGUCCCACCUUUAGCCUUUGCUUUGGCAGCUAUCUUUGCCAAAUCCUCCACAAUCUACAACCCUGUGGUGUACCUGGUCUUUAAGCCUAACUUUCGUAAAUCUCUGAGCAGGGACACAGCUCAGAUUCGCAGACGAAUAUGUUCCAGCCCAUGUAAGGGAAGCCCUGUGCCUGGACAAAAGGAUCUUCAACAGCAAAUAUCUCAAUGCUGCAACAAGGAUGCUAGCAACUCCACUCGCCUCUCCAAUGGCCUGGCAGACAGCCAUGGGGCUUGUCUUCAUUGCACCGAGGCGGACCCUCGAUGUCAACAGACCACGCCUCAAAGGACUGCCUGUGUGCUGAUUGGUACAUCCUACAGCGAGGUGACUGUGAGUCAGAUGCCGGAGAAGAUGCAAGCUGACCUUCUGUGA